AUGCUGGCGACGAAGAUUGUCGACCGCCGUUCGGACGCGAAUUCUCCGGUCAAAUUCAACUUUUUUCAGAAUGUCGGCGUCGGCGGGUGUCGAUGGCGAACGGCUCUGGCAGACGCAGCGAUUUUGUGUGAGGUGGUCGAAAGUGAGAGUGGAUCCUUUAGUGUGCUAAUAUCUCUGGUGGUUGUGUGCUUCAUAUUGAUCUUCAAACUGAAGACUAUUAAUGCUAAUGCAGAAGGUGAUGCCUUAUAUGCCUUCAGGCAAAAACUAAGUGAUCCUCAAGGCAAAUUAAACAGCUGGGACGAUACUCUUGUCAACCCUUGCACAUGGUUCCAUGUUACCUGCGACAACCAAAACCAAGUAAUAAGAAUUGAUCUCGGCAAUCAGGAAUUAUCAGGGCCAUUGGCUCCCGAACUCGGAAGUCUGACGAAACUACAAUAUUUGGAGCUAUACAGUAAUAAGAUAAAUGGGAACAUACCACCGGAGCUUGGAAACCUUACUCAGUUGGUCAGCUUGGACCUCUACGACAACCAUCUCACCGGCGAUAUUCCAACAGCUUUAGGAAAUUUGAAGAAUUUGAAAUUCCUUCGGCUAUAUGGUAAUGCAGAUUUAUCAGGCACCGUACCUAAGGACUUGGCGUGUAGCCCAAACCUUGAAGUUGUGCAAGUAAGCGAGGGAACCGGUGUGACCCUCCCUACAUGCCCUUAA